GCCUAGUAGGAGCCGGACCGCGGGGCGGGGGGUGGGUGUCCGCGCUGCUACCGCCGCGGGAGUAAGAUGAACGGGACGCGGAACUGGUGUACCCUGGUGGACGUGCACCCAGAGGGGCAGACCGCGGGGAGCGUGGACAUUCUAAGGCUGACUCUACAGAGUGAACUGACAGGAGAUGAACUUGAACACAUAGCCGAGAAGGCGGGUAGGAGGACUUUUGCCAUGGUGUCUGGCCGCUCAACCAGCCAUUCGUUGGCCUCAGAACUGGUGAAGUCCAAUGAUGGACACGAGGAGAUCAUUAAGGUGUACCUGAAGGGGAGGGCUGGAGAUAAGAUGAUCCACGAGAAAAACAUCAACCAGCUGAAGAGUGAGGUGCAGUAUAUCCAGGAGGCCCGGAACUGCCUACAGAAGCUGCGGGAGGACAUAAGUAGCAAGCUUGACAGAGAUCCAGGAGACUCUCUCCAAGGACAGGAGAUACAGGUGGUGCUGGAAAAGCCAAAUGGAUUAAAUCCAAGCCCCACAACACUGUAUAGCAGCCCACCUGAGGCAGACACCUAUAUAAAUGAAGAUGUCGAGAGCCUGAGGAAGACCGUGCGGGACCUGCUUGUCAAGCUGCAGGAGGCCGAGCGGCAGCACCAGUCAGACCGUGUGGCUUUUGAGGUCACACUCAGCCAGUGCCAGAGAGAAGCAGAACAGAGUCGAGUGGCCCUUCAGAGAGCAGAGGACAGAGUGCAGCAGAAGGAGGCAGAGGCUGGAGAGCUCCAGAAGCGCUUGCUGGGCGUGCAGGAGGAGCAUCAGGCCUUACUGGUGAAGGUUAGGGAGGGGGAGACGGCCUUGGAGGAACUGCAGAUCAAGAACACUGACUGCCAAACAGAACGAGAAAAGGCGGCUAACCUGGAAAAGGAAGUGGCCGGCUUGCGGGAGAAGAUCCACCACUUAGAUGAUAUGCUCAAGAGCCAGCAGCGGAAAGUCCGGCAGAUGAUAGAGCAGCUCCAGAAUUCAAAAGCUGUGGUCCAGUCAAAGGACAGCACCAUCCAGGAGCUCAAGGAGAAAAUCGCCUACCUGGAAGCAGAGAAUUUAGAGAUGCAUGACCGGAUGGAACACCUGAUAGAAAAACAGGUCAGUCAUGGCAACUUCAGCACCCAGACCUGGGCCAAGACGGAGAGCCUGGGCAGCAUGAGGAUAUCCAAGCCCCCCAGCCCUAAUAAGCCCAUGCCUCUUAUCCGAGUGGUGGAAACAUGAGCGGAAGGAGCCAGAUGCCGCUGUUGCUGCUGCCUCUUGCCUGCGGAGAAGCCCACCACCCCUGUAGGCCGUUAGCCCCAACUUUGACUUCCUGACUGAUCCCUGGCUGCACUCGAGGCUUGGGGUUCAUGUGUCCCACUGUUUCUAAACUCCUGACCCCUGGAUGCUGGGUGGACAGAGGACGAACACCUCCUGGGGACACUGCAGCCCUUUGGAGGAUGCUCUCCUGCCGGCAAGGUCCAGGGCAGUAUCCUUAUCCCUGUAGUAUUAUUUCUCUGUAGCAGAACCUCCCUUCUCUUGUAGACUGGAGUUCAGCUGCCCCAGAGUCAGGGGAGGUGACAAGAUUUGCCUCAGCCCUACAAGCUGGAGGCACAGAUGUCCACAGCGAUUGGAGGGUGUCCUGGGGGAAUGAAGUUCCCUCUGCAAACACAGAUCCAUUCUUAGCAACACAUUGUUUGUUUUUCUACUUGUUCCACUGCUGACCCGGGCCUCCUACGGAUAGACACAGGUGACCUGUCAAGGACUGGGCAGAGUCAGUGAGCCUCAGCUUUGGCCAGCCUUGUCUUCCUGGGAGAAGGAAAUGUACAUUCCGGGAAUAACUUUUAGUGUAAAGAUUCUGUAGGGCCACAGAUAGUUGCAAGUGACUUCUGUCUGCUGGGAAGGUUCCCAGCAUGUCUUAGGGUUUUCCCCUAAGACGCAGUGCCAGGUAGACCUCAGUCUUCUUGACUCAGGAGCCUAAAAACUGUUUUCACUGGGUUACAUCAAUCUCAGCGAAACUCUUGUUGUAUUUAUUUUGCUAAGUUAUUGGUGUUUUUCCUUUACAUCUCACAAUUGAUUUAAUACCAGAGUUUUACAGCCUUCUCUUGCGGUGUUUGGAUUUGUUCCAUGCUGGGGAAAAAAAUGUGUUCCCGCUGGACUUGUUAAUUUCAGAAUUAAAUCUUUUCCUCUUUUUCUUCUA